UAUUCCGCUCAAAUAUUGACUCCGCGAUUGUGUGUGCGGUGUGCCCUCGUCGCGAGUGCGAGUGAGCGAACGAGCGAGCGAGCGAGGCGAGCACGCGCGCGAGCGACAGAGUCCGUUCCGUGCAGUCAGUCGGCGAUGCUCCUUUAAAAAGCGAAGUGUACUCCGGAGUGCGCGCGCGAGUGAGACAUUUAGCACCGCCGAGAGAGAGUCAACGAGUGACCGAGAGCGGAGAGAAGCGCGUUAUAAGGACGCGUAGUAAAGGUGCCUCGUAAGCCACGCCGCGCGCGGCCAGGCAGCCACGAUCCUGUGACGACGAGAAUCGAGAAACGAGAACGAGGAGGAGCGGAGGAAAUAUGCUGCCGCAGGCGACGACGGGUGCGCUGCUCUGCGGGCUGCUGGCCCUCUACGUGGGGCUCACCCACGCGAGCAUCGCCGCGGCCUUCGAGUCGACACCUUCGAGCUCCUUCGAUCAUGGAGCUCCACGACUGGACCUGGAGAGUCUCGAGAGCGGAUAUCACGGCCUGGUCAAGGAGAAUGAAACUUUGGUCGAGGUCACGCCGCAGAUCCGCGCCCUGGGAACGAAAGUUUGCUCCUUCCGCAUCGCGAACAAACACCACGGCGAGGCGCCGUUCGAAAUUGUCCUGAAGGAGAAGGGAAUGGCCGAGCUGCGGGCGUUCCGAGUCCUGAAUUGCGAAAAACGCCGUAAUUACAAGUUCGACAUCGCCGCGGUCGGCUGCAAUGGAGUGCAAUCGGAAAACGCCACGGUUCAUAUUACUGUGGUUGACGUCAACGAGUACGCGCCGCAGUUUCUCCAGCCGGCCUAUGUUAGUACUGUGGACGAGGGACGCCUCUAUGAAGAGGUGGUCCGCGUUGAGGCGUCCGACCGUGACUGCACGCCGAAAUUUGGUGAUGUCUGCAAGUACGAGAUCCUCACCGCCGAUCAGCCAUUCAUUAUCGACAACGAGGGUGCCAUCCGCAAUACCGAGCCUUUGGACUACGAACGCUCACACAACUACAUACUCAGCGUGGUCGCUUAUGACUGCGGUAUGAAGCAGUCGGCGCCGGCGAUGGUGACGGUCAAGGUGAACCGCGUGUGUGCCCCCGGAUGGCGAGGAAUCCCCGAGAGGGUAGAUUACGCUGCCGGCGUCGGUUCACAGCCUCUACUGCCCUCGGCGCGGCUUGAUCUUUGCGAUGCACCCUGCAUCCUGCGCAACGUGCGCGCCACCCUGACUUUGGCCACCGAUCACAUCGGCAAGGGUUGCGAUCGUGACACGUAUGGGGUUCGCAGCCAGCGGAAGCUAUGCGGUGCCUCGCGCGACAGCGUGGAUCUACUGCCCACACCUGGACCCACAACCUCUUGGACGGCCACUCUUUCCAGAGACGAGGGUAGAGAGGCUGAUGAGAUCUUUGAGUUCGACGGCGUAGACUCAGCCGCGAUCGUGCCGAACGAUGUGCUGGAGCAUAGCCUGGCGCAGAAGUUUACCAUCGGUGUCUGGGUCAAGCACCGACCACGCCCGCGACAGGAUCCACAUGUCAAGGAACACAUCUUGUGUGCUGCCGAUGAUCACAAGAUGAAUAGGCACCAUUACGCCCUGUUCAUAAGGAACUGCAGAUUGAUUUUGCUGCUGCGACGCGACUUCUCCGAGGGUGAUCCCAACAUCUUCCGUGCUGCCGAAUGGCGUUGGAAGCUUGGUCAGGUAUGCGACGAUAAGUGGCAUCAUUACGCAAUUCAGGUAGACUUCCCACGUGUCAAUCUAUAUGUGGACGGCGAAGAGUGGCAUGCCGACGAGAAGAACCCUGAAGUCAUCGAUGACUGGCCUUUACACCCGGCUAAGGGCGUCAAUACCACCCUUGUGGUCGGAGCGUGCUGGCAGGGCUCCGAGAACAAGACCAAACACCAUUUCCGUGGUUACCUCGCCGGUUUGUCAGUUUUAGUUGGCCGAAACGAGAAACCGGAAGUACUCUCGUGUUUGCGGCGUUGUCAGGAAGGCAUUCACGUGCCGCCGAUGGACUUGUUGCAACCGGGUACUCAGCUGCUGACCAAUUCCGAUAUGACCGAAGUUCGUAUCGAUGGUGACAAUCGUACAAACGUGGAAACCUUGCUGCGUCGUAUCGGCUACUCCAACACUCGGCGUUUCCCGACGCCCGGCCGUCGUAACUUCCGCCUUGACACAACGAUCGUCUGUGAGGGUAGCGAGAACACGCCCCUACCGGUACCGACUGUGCAGUCCUACGUCACCGUACUACCGCCUCCUCGACCAGGCAUCACCGUCAACGGUACCGGUUACGUGGCCCGGGAAUACGCUGAUUUCCGAUUGGGAGUACGUGUAUUCCCCGACGCGCGCGUCACCGCCGGAUCGGCCGCCCGAUUGGAUGCUUGCGCUGUCAGUGUUUAUCCAAGUCUCAAUCCAGAUCAUGAGAGCUUGGGAUUACCUGGUGACGCCCUCCUCGCAUUCCACGAUAUCUCCGCUCGCGUCGAUCGGGAUGGCGUCGUUCUCUCUGGCGCGGAUUCGCCUUACAACUACCAACAACUCAUUCGUCUUAUCAUGUACACGAACCGUAAGCCGGCUUACUAUCUCGAUCGUGUCUUUAAACUUACCUGCUCCGAGUUGAGCGGCCGCUUCGCCAGUAAUGAGUACGUGCAAACAUUGGCCGUAAUUCAUCCUAAGGAAAAGACGACCGUUUUGCCGCGUACGACGCCCGGAGAACCGCCCAUUGCCAGAAUCGUUGAACCGGCACCAGGUCACGCGCAGCUCUCGCCGCAUCAUGCCGAUCUAACGGAGGAGUAUGCUACGGCCGCGCUUCGCGAAGGCAGCAGAACCAUUAGCGGCACUGGCAGCAGCCAUGCCGUGACUAUCGUCGCCGCCGCUUGCAUCGGAUUCCUGCUGCUGAUGGCGGUUGUGGGCGCUGCGCGAGUCCGCGGGGCGGCCAAACGACGACGAUCCGCCGGUGACGAGCUCGCCGCAGAGACGGAGAUGGCCUGGGACGACUCGGCCCUCGCUAUCACCGUGAAUCCGAUGGACAGGUUGACGGAACACGACCAGCAUCAUCAGAGCCAGCGGGACGAGGACGUGGACGACUCCGGUAGCUCCGAUUCCGAGGAUGGCUCGUUCCGAGAUGAUGACCUCGACAGCUCCGACUGUGAGAACGAUUGCGAUCUCAGCAACGGUCGGCACCGCCGUCACAACUCGCCGCACGAUCUGGAGUGGGAUCAUCGUGAUGUUUAAAUCACCCUACUAUCUUUACACUGAGCAUUCUCACACAUCCCUUUUUUCUUCGCGUGACACUGAGAAGAGUACUGGCCGCGUGCCACUUUCUGUAAAAUUUCUCUAUUAUAUAUCGUUUCUUCUCGCCGUACACACCCGUCUGAUGUUUAUCGAACACAUUUCGAAAAUAUCUUGCAAUGAAGAUUCCUGGCGUAGCUAUCGGCGUAGCUAUCGGCGGCUUCGCGAAUUUAAUCUGCGAGAGUAAAGAGUUUCGGAUUAUUGUAUACGGAUCUCUCGUCGAACGCGACUUGCGUCCAAAAGAUCGGUUUCUCCAAGUUCUCUUCUUGUGCAUCAAAUAUCACGAAAGCGUCGUUAAGGGAUUAGAAUAUUUAUUACGCUUUCGAAUUUCCAGAAUAUAGAGUAAUAAGAUUUAACGUUCUAAGCCGCUCCAUACACUGCUCGAUCGAUUCUAUAACGAUUAUUAACCCUCUUUACUACGCGAGAGCGUUAUCGUAUUAUCCGUCCCCACCCGUUCACCUUUUCUCGUAGAUGACGUUGGUAUAAUCGAUGAAGUAACGAGAUAUAAAACGGCAUUCAGUUAGUACUCGUCUUAAGCGUCAGGAAAAAAAACCUGUAAGAGUGCGGGACGCUUUAUUGAAUAUAGUUAAAACUCUUUCUACCUACGAACACGUCGCUGAUGUUGGUAGAAUCGGAGAUACACGCAAGAGAUACUUAAAAUGUCGCAAAAAUAUUCUCGACGGGAAUAUUUACGGCAAUUGUAUUAAUUUAUAUUCUUGACUCUCAUCAUUGGUAGUAGUAGGACAAGGGAACUCUUUUUCUCUUUAUACUUUUAACUAUCUUUCUUUCUUUUUAAUACGGUUAUCGCUAUUUUAUUUCAUUACUAAUCGCUGCGAUAUUAUACCUAGCCAUUUUAUCGAAAAGUUGUUUUUAUUAUUAUUAUUAUUAUUAUUAUUAUUAUUAUGUUUAUUAUUACUGUAGGCAGGACGGCCCGGUAGCGUAGUUUUAAAUGCGAAACAGAGUGCUGAGCCGACUCUAUAUUCUUCCUCGUCUUCUCGACUAAACUUUCUUAUCUAAGGUCCAUUUGAUCUCAUGAAUGUAAUUCUCUCGCAAUAAUCGUGUCUUUCGUAUUUUGAUCAAAAGCGCUCCUGAUACGAGCUGACGUUAAUUAAUAAACCGGCAGCGAAACGCGCGUAGAUACGAAAAUAAGCUGCAAGCCAAUCGCUUCGGUGUAGCACGUGAAUCGGGUUGAGCCUGGGCCAUACGAUGCUUGCCCAAUUUUGCACUUUUAUUUUUUAAAUAUCGUUAUGCCUUUGAUCGUUUUUCUUUUGCACGAUGUUCCUUCCUGAUCGGUCUGCAGAAGAUGAGUAAGGACAUUGCCACGCUAUGCUAGUGCUUCAACAUUUAAGAUAAUCGGUAUAUAGCAUCGUAUUCAUACAUGAUGCAUAAGCGUGUCACAUACAAAAACGGCGCGUUUAAAAACGACGGUUUCGCCAGUCAUUUAAUUCAUCAACGUUUAGAGAACA